UCUGCCCGACUCCCUCCGGAUAUUUUUAGCCGUGAUGAUGUGCCCUGUGAAAUCACGUAACGGAAACAACAUCAGAGAGAAAAGGGCCAGAGCUUUCGCCGCUAGAUAGAGAAGGAUCUGCAGUUAUCGCAUGGAAGACGGAGGCUGCCAAUGAGAUGAAAGUGGCGCUGGGAUUAGGUUUGGCCUGUUUGUACCUGGUGGCGGUGGUCCUUACCAGUGCGUCGCAGAUACGGGUCCAGACAAGUGUUGUGCCUCGAAUCCUCACUUCAACAACAGCACCUCUGGACUUAAAGGACUUGGGGAGUGAUGGACAAACGAUCCAGACUGUCACUGACAGCUCAGAGACUACAGCUGAAGUCACAGCUUUUAGCUCCACAGAGGAGUCUACUACGGACACAACCACAACACCUGUAUAUACAACCCAUGCAGGUGCAGUCCCUUCAUCCACAGCUUCAGAGAGCCCUGUGGACACACAAACUUCACUGGGAUCAUUGACCACUCAAAGCUCUGCACACACCUUUUCAUCCCAGCCUGCCAGCACUUUUCUGGGCGGGACCUCCAUUGUCUUGUUCUCCAUCACAGCCCCUGCUCAGACAACUACAGGAGGGUCCCAGGGCAUCAUGAGGCCAACUCAUCAAGAGAUACCCUCGCAGCUCAAUGUUGGCAGUGAAGAUUUUAAGGGGAAUGGCCACAGCUCUCUGGACCCCCUGCUUGCUGGCCUUCUAUCAAUGUUUAUCGUCACCACGGCAGUCAUUUUUGUGGUGCUUUUUCUUAAGUUUCGACAUCAAAACAGCAACCCAGAGUUUCACCGGCUCCAGGAUCUACCAAUGAGUCAGCGCUGAGUGCAAAAUCUCUGCUAAAUCUCUGGAUGUGUUUGACAUUGUUUGCAGGAUGAUUUGAUGGAAGACACACCUCUUUCAAGAUACAGCUAUUGAACCUAUUGAUGCCUCUUGUAAUUUACCUCUAGGGGAUGGAAAUAAGGAUAUAAUUUAAGCAUAUGGAUGUGUUUUUGCUCCAUGCACAUCCGCUGUGAAAGUGAUACCAUAAAACAUUAGUCAUGUAUAGAUGCUUUACUAUUGAAACUACUAAGUUCUGCUGUUUUUUUGUUUGUUUUGUUUUUUCAAUUUAACAUUCCCUUUUAAAUGUUCAGUCAGGAAAGUGUGACUUAUCUAGACUGGCGUUAUUACAUAUGCACGGCACUUU